GGGAAAGACUGGCGGUGUUAGCAGGUGGGGGUAGGCAGUCGUACCGGUAAUGAGGGAUUUCAAUAGGUAAAUUAGCCAUAUUUGAGUGAAAGAGAGAGGCAUGAGCACUUCUAGGACACUGCAAAAGAGCAGAAUCAGUAACAGUUCACGGUGACUUGGAAAACACUACAACUUGUAAAGCGUAUCACAAGAAGAAGUUCGCAAUGGCAGGAGGGAAGUCCGUAACUGUAGUUGACCCGAAGUCGGUCGGUUCAGACGAAUACAAACGAAGACGACAGUCUACGGAAAAUCAGAUGUAUUAUUUGUACAUAUUCGUAGCUUUCAUCGUGUCCAGUUCAUGGCUGCUCGGGACUUUUGAAUUCUCUUUCCUUUGGGUGUUCUUACUGUCGGCAAUUUUGUUUACGGUAUGGAAAACGCAGGUCACACAACUUGUCAGACGACAUCUGCAACUGGAAGAAGUAAUGGUGCAUAGGAAAAGAGCACUAAGGAAUAGUGAGACAACAGAGUGGCUUAACUUUAUCAUCAACAGGUGGUGGGUGUUUAGCUCCUCCACAAUUGAAGACCUCAUCAAGAAGAGGCUAGACUCCAGACUGGCAACUGUCAAACCAACAUUCAUCAAUCAGAUCGAGCUGUUCAGUUUCAUGAUUGGUGAGGAGACCCCUCAUCUGAAAAACGUCACAGUGUUUGAGUUUGACGAUGGUUACCCAGGUGGUCAGAAGCCAAUCAACUGGCGCACUGUCAUGCAGCCUCCGUUUGGCCUUCACAAGUUGUCAUCGUUUAAAGUGGUUGUGGAGGCAGACCUAGCUCUUCAUAGCAACGACUUUAAGAUGACAUUCCGCUCCUUGCUUGGAGUCAACAGAGCAAGUAUCCUGGUUGAUUCCGCUGUAGAAAAUCUCAACAUCACUGGCCGCGUUCAGAUCAUCAUUCAUCUUAGUAUGGACGUGCCCUUUCCUCAUAUCUCCAAGGCAACAGUCUUCUUCACCGAAACCCCCGAAGUGUGGUUUAAUGUGCGCAGCAUGAAGGCAUUACAACUCAUGCAGAUACCAUUGCUGAAAACCUGGAUAUAUACUCAUGUCAUGGAAGGAUUCACUGCAGCUCUAGUGGAUCCUGGGAGAGUUGACCUCUCUCUAGCCAAGGCAGGACCUGUCUACUCACCUCUUCAAAAACUCACACCUAAACCACUGGCCCAGGGUGUUCUGACCAUUAGACUCAAAGGAAAACAUGCACCUAAACAAUCAGAUUCCAGUGACAUUCUGUAUCAUGUUGUGAAAUGUCGCGAGCGUAAACGGACCACCCACGAGGUGUAUGCUAAUGAGGAAUGGGAGGCCUACUGCUCGUUCUUCAUCUAUGACCUGGCGAAAGACAGGAUCUCGGUGAAGAGGAAGUGUAAACGUCUUCUGACCAGUGUCACCCUGGAGGAAAUUGACCUACCCCUCUCAAAAUACCCUCUGCAGGUCAAGAAAAAAGUAAGCACUGAUAUUGAGGGUAAAGAUGGAAGUGUCAUCACCCUGUUCAUGGAUUAUGACAGCCUACCCCCUAUAAACCUAAAUGAACCAGCUCCAAAGUCUGAUGCUGAUGCUGCUAAGCACUUGCCUGUAGAAGAACCCACUUCUGAGGUCUCUGGAGUGAUGUAUGUUGCAAUUCACUCUGCCUCCAACGUGCUGAUAUCUGACAAAGGAGGAGCCUCUGACCCCUACUGUGUCCUCUUCUGCGAUCGCUCUAGGGUGCUUACUACACCCUAUGUAGCUCAAACAAGAAACCCAAAGUGGGAAUCCAAUGUGGAAUUUUUUGUCAGAAACUUUUCAAAGAUGUCGCUGUCUUUCUAUGUGUAUGAUUGGGACGGAACCAGUGUCAUUGAUGAUGACUUCCUGGGUUCUGCACAUUUGUCACUCACAAGGAACCAGCCUAAGGUGAUCAAGAAGGUAUUGACCCUGGGAUAUAACCAACCUGCUGAGGGUCAUGUGGAGAACAAAUCAUUCGGGUGUAUAACAGUGUCUGCAGUGUUCAGACCAGUGUCUGCCGUGGCACAGUCAGAGAAAUACAGAGAAUAUUACGAAGGCUGGACCUCAGAUAAUCUGUACAAGGAGGGAGAAGUCAGACAAAAUGUUCCACUUCAUCAGUCCACCCCACUUCAGCCUCUGGGACGACCACCCAAUCACCCCUCAGAGGGUAGCGAUAUGACACAUGGGCAGGGCACCAAAAAACAAUCACCAAUGCAGAUGGCUGCUGCCGUAUUAGAAGACAAACUGUUGGUGGAACUUCACAUACUCCAGGCCAAGGAACUGAUGGGAGCAGACAGAAAUGGAAUGAGUGAUCCGUAUGUGGAGGUGAAGAAAGGAAAGAAGAAGCUGUAUGAGACGAGUGUGAAGAAGAAGACCUUAACACCACAGUGGAAUGAAAAUGUCACCUUCAUGUUACCGGAUGAAAAAGAACACCUGGAGAUUACCGUUCAGGAUAAGGACUUCAUUGGGAAGGAUUUCCUGGGUCACCUGAGCCUGUCUGUGGACCAACUCAAGGCCUUGUCAAUGAGGGGGUCACCUCAGUGGUUUCACCUGGAGAAUGCCAAGUCUGGGCAGAUUGAGCUGGGCUGUUCCAUCACCUCGUCAGACGAAAAGACACUUGAGAACAGAAACAGCAACAACAACAACAUUAUUGUGGACUUCUCACAUCCCGUUAAGACGUCCUCGACACAUGACCAAAGUCCACUCUCAAAGCUUGCCACAGGCAGUGCACAGAUUCAGAACGCCAUCAAGUCUGCAAACAGUCACCAUGGCAACAGAGGAGAUGACUCCUUUGGUUAUUCAGGAAAUGAAGGCUAUUCAUCUCUGGAGACUGACAUCAGUGGCUAUGACUCCUCCCACGUGUCUGUUGUGGACUCGUCCAUGGAAGUUCCCGCCUCCCCCACUGUGCCUGUACCAGUGAUCAACCUGCCGUCAGAGCCCAUCAGGCACACAGAGAAUGGAACACAACACAAAACAUACAUGCCAAAUGGUGGUCAUGGUGCCGGGACUGGAGAGGAUCAGCCUGACGAUGGACGGUUACAAGUACCGGAUUCUCCACCACAGAGAAGGUUGACACCUGGCAGAUCUGGCAUGAGAAUGAAGCGUUCCGUGUCUGAUGUCAACGUUAGUCAGAGUAAAGAUAAGAAAAGUCCCGCGUUUUCCACCCACCGCCUGCGACCCUCUGAAUCCGGUCAUUCAGUGCGGAGCCGUGUCUUCGGAAGACAAAGACUACAUUCCUUUGGUGGUUGGGAUAGCGUGUCUACAGCGAGCAGCGUGUUACCAUCAGAUAAGUUUUACAAGGUUCGAGGCACACUCCAUUGGGCGUCUGGACUGAGCCACUUGAAAGGGGAUGUAUACUGUAAGAUCCGAGUUGACAAUCGACGAGCACACCAUCGUACCAAGAGACUAGCCCCAGGAAAAGUGGUUGCCAAAACGCCAGUCCUGAAAGCCAGUGGUGACAGAGCCGUGUUUGAAUUCCCAUUUGAGGUGGACCAUGGGAAGGGUGUGGCUGCUGAGGGGUUAAUUAUCUUUGAUCUGAAGGAAGCCAGUAAUCGUCACUUGGCAACCAUGGGAUUCUCAUUAAAGUAUCUCCUUGGAGAAACAGACUAUGACAAGGACUUACAGCGCCACCUGUCUCUGGAGAAGGGGAUGGAAGUGGAGUUAACUCUGUCACAUAGUGAAAUGGACCCAGCCCUCUUGAAGAAGAAAUCUGGAAUGUUCAAAUCAUUAUCAUUUCGUAAAGACAAAUAAAAUGGAAAACUCUGCUAAUUUUAAAAUCUUUUUGUGGAAUAAAGAAAAUUAGUUGUGGGAGAAAUAAACAGUUGUAUAGUUUUACUGAACCAAACUUAGCUCCCUUGCAGAAACAGAUCAUGAUGGUCAUUUGAACCCAUAAUUAUUAAUAAAAUGUUAAAUGUUUAAUAUUAGUCUCCUUGGUGUCGGAAAUGAGAGACUUGUGAUCUGAUAGAUCAGAAAAGACCAAGCGCAAAAUGUCCAAAUUUGAACAUUCUUUGUAUUGUAGGUAUUGAAAUGGGGCAAUGAGUUUUUUACAACACAUGGCUGUUUGAUUUUUAUGUUGUACCUAAAGAACACAAGACCAGUUUGGUUCUUUCAAUGAAGCAUUUGCAGUACUUCAUAAUCAUUGGAAGUAUUGGGUUCUUUUGAGGAAAAAGAGUCAAACUUUCAGGUAAACAAUAUUGAACCUUCCAGUCGUUUUUCUUGAUUGUAUUCAAUGGAAGAAGUAAAAUAAUAUUAUCUUCUGUCACACUUGUGUAAAGUGUGCCUCUUACCCCACUUCUAAUCCCAGAAUGCAUUGCAAAUAAUCUCAUUCUGAACAGGAUUUGAUGUUGAUGUAGGUGAUAGACUUGAGAGAAUUUUAAAAUUGGUAAAAUAUACACAAAGGCCAUCAGAAUGUAAAAUGCUUAACAGGUAGUCUGCAUAUUUAUCUGGUCAAGGGAGUAAAUCCUGGUUAAGACAAUUUUUAUAACAUAAUUAAAGUUGCAUAUAGAAAAGUAUUUAUCUGUUUUUGCAAUUGUAGCUAAUUUCUGAGAAUCAAUAAGUAUAUGCUUUUUAUUCAAAAUGACACUGCUUUAAGAUUGUAGAUGAUCUAUUUACAUAAUAUAUGUGUAUGUAUAUUCAUAGAGAGGAAAUCAAUUUUACAUGGCUGUUUUAAACUACUGUAUUAUUAUUUUUUUAUUUUUUAUGUUAUCCGAUACUGUUAGGUGACAGUCCCUUCAUCUCUAGCAUUAGAAAUCUGGUUAAAACCAGUUAUUUAUAUAUAUCAUAUCAGACAACAUUAUCAUCUUACUCAUUAUUGAUAGUUAUUGACGCUGCAAAAUGAUGGAGAGUGUAAAUCUCCACUAUAAUGACUCUGUUAACUUAGAUGGCUUAACAUAGAUUUUAGACAUUCUUGAGGACACUUAAGUUGUUUAGAGUAAUUUGUUAAAUAAAAAUAUAAUAAAAAGAUGUUUUCAUAAAUCUCUCAAAACUUUUGCGGAAAAGGUAAUAUGAAGAUGUUUGUAUAUCAGAUUUGGAAAAUAUUCAAACACAUCAUUCAAGGCAUAUACUUUAUCUCCAGAUGAAUAUUCUGCCAACAAAAUCAUUAUAAACAUAUACAUAUCCUAAAAAUAUAUGAAUGGGAUGGUCAAAUGUGUAUAUAAAUAAUGGGAUUGAAUUUGUGCACAUGUUGAAAACAUUUUCUGUAUAUGUUUAUGAAUUGUGCCUGUGAUACAGUUUUGGAGAAACUGUCUUCAGCUGGUUUAAAUAUUAUUAUAGAUUUUAUAAAAUCUAUUUUCUAUCUCUUUUUUUUUUUGGAAUCAUGCCAUGCAGAGGUCUUAUGCAAGUGAAUCUUGUUUCAGUGUAAUAAUUUCAAUGUAUAUUUUAUUGUUGCUUGUCCUCAGUCUGUUUGAUAUUACGCUACAAAUAAAUGGUUACAAGUUAACCCUCUACUCAUUGUAAUUUGUGGAUCUACUUUCAUUUUCACUACCAGUGUUGCAUAUCAACCAACUUAUCACUGUGUACUAACUUUCUCUCCCUGCCAAAUAUCACUAUAAAGUGAGUUUGGUGUCUACAUGUCAACCAACUCAUCACUGUGUUUACUUUCUCUCCUUGCCUGAUAUCAAUGUCGAUGAGUUUGGUGUCUACAUGUCAACCAACUCAUCACUGUAUUUACUUUCUCUCCUUGCUUGAUAUCAAUGUUGAUGAGUGUGGUGUCUACAUGUCAACCAACUCAUCACUGUAUUUACUUUCUCUCCUUGCCUGAUAUCAAUGUGGAUGAGUUUGGUGUCUACAUGUCAACCAACUCAUCACUGUAUUUACUUUCUCUCCUUGCCUGAUAUCAAUGUGGAUGAGUUUGGUGUCUACAUGUCAACCAACCCAUCACUGUAUUUACUUUCACUGUCUGUUUGAUAUUAGGUGCAGAAUAUGUUGUCCACAAAACAACCAACUCUGUAUACUGUAAAUAGAUAUUUACUUUGACGCUAUACCUUAUAUUACUGUGCAGUGCUGAAUGUAUAAACACCUGUGGUAAAAGGGUGUAGACUAUACCAUUAAUACCUUUACCUCUAUCCCUAUGCUGAAUAAAAACGUUCUGUCUUCAAGGCUCAAUGACAAAUGUGUCUGACUUGAUAUGUGUUGUUAAGAUUAGUCUUGACAUGUUACCUAUAUUUUUGUUCAAAACUCAUUUGACAUUUAUCUCCCAAUACCAGGGGCAUAUUGUGACGUACUUGUAUAAUGCCGAACCUCCUAUAGCUCAAGCUGAGACAGCUGCUAAUGUUCGGAUGGGCGUCAGCUACUACAGCACGAGCUAUACCACGUACAUCAUUUGCGUUGGAAUCAUGGAUGUUCCACCCACGUGAUGACGUGCGAAAGCUGUUGUCUGUAGAAAAAUCACAAUCCGGAAGAUACAGAUGUACAAUAAUCUAUUUCCUCUUUAUGUCACUGAACAUUUGCCAACUCGUUGAAAUAAAGCCGCAACUGGUUCAGAUUUACAAAGCCU